AUGAGCUUCAACCAGACCAACAUGAAUCUGCAGCAACAAGCCCCACUCAUCCCUCCUGUCCACCCUGAUGUGCAGAUGAAAGCCCUGCCAUUCUAUGAUGUGCUAGAUGUUCUUAUCAAGCCUUCAAGCCUAGGAGCAAGUACUGCACAGAGAUACCAUCAGGAGAGGUAUUUUAUCUUUGCCCUGACACCACAGCAGGUUCGAGAGGUUUGCAUUUCCAGGGAUUUUCUACCAGGUGGCAGAAGAGACUAUAUGGUUCAAAUUCAGCUGAGGUUCUGUUUGUCAGAGACGAGUUGUCCUCAGGAGGAUAACUUCCCAAAUAGUCUAUGUAUUAAGGUCAAUGGAAAACUUUUUCCUUUACCUGGUUAUGCACCACCUCCCAAAAAUGGUGUGGAACAGAAGAGACCAGGUAGACCUCUGAACAUUACCUCACUGGUGCGGUUGUCCUCUGCAGUACCAAAUCAGAUUUCAGUGGCAUGGGCACCUGAAAUUGGAAAGACUUAUUCCAUGUCCGUCUACCUGGUAAGGCAGCUGACAUCACCACUGCUGUUGCAGAGGCUCAGGAUGAAGGGUAUCAGGAACCCGGACCACUCCAGAGCACUCAUUAAAGAGAAGCUGACAGCUGAUCCAGAUAGUGAGGUUGCCACAACAAGCCUGCGUGUGUCUCUUAUGUGCCCGCUGGGUAAGAUGCGUCUAACGGUGCCGUGUCGGGCGGUGACCUGCUCUCACCUACAGUGUUUUGAUGCUGCACUCUACCUGCAGAUGAAUGAGAAGAAGCCGACGUGGAUCUGUCCUGUGUGUGACAAGAAGGCUACGUAUGAGAGUCUCAUAAUUGAUGGUUUAUUCUUAGAAAUCCUGAAUGACUGUUCGGACGUGGAUGAAAUAAAGUUCCAAGAGGAUGGAACUUGGUGUCCAAUGAGACCUAAGAAGGAGGCAGUCAAGGUCCCCACACAUGCAAUUUUAAAAAUUGAGCAAAGCGCUCCUUUGCGUCAGACGUCAGUGCUCCCCCCUUUAACGGAGUCCACCAAGAAGGCUGAUGUCAUUGAUUUAACCCAGGAAAGCUCCUCCUCUGAUGAAGAGGAGGCCGACCCGCCAUUAAAGAAGCGUUGCCUGUACCUUUCCAAAACUGAGGAGCUGCAUGGGAAGGGAGUGUUGACCUACCAGCCUUCCACUAUGCAAGUGCCAAACGUUUCAGCCCUGGAUGCACCGUACCUGGCCUCAGCGCUGGCUGACUAUGCAGUCCCCUUCCACCACUCCACGCUGGCCACCAUCCCCGCAGAGAUUCAAAGUCUGGAUUUGUUUUCCUUAAUUCAAGCAGAUUCUCAGCAUUAUCGGCCUCCCAUGUUCUUGGACAACUUGACCAGCAGCAUCCAGAGUGCAGCCGCUGCCAGCACUAGCUCUGCCCUGGUCUCCUCCUCCGGAAGCCACUAUGACACUGGCAGCCACUCGUCGAGCUCCAUUCAUGACACCAGGGUCAUCGCAGGGGGCAGUGUCAAUCCCGGACCCGGAACUGACAGCAGCAUAUCGGACAUCAUCUCGCUGGACUGAGCUGAUACUCAGUGUGCUUUUUACAGCCCUAUUUGACUGUGACUUGUUUAGAGAUGAACAUCCUCACAAGGCCUGAAGCUGCCCUGAAAUGGUAUCCAGGAGGUAUGGAGGCAUUUUUUUUCCUGUGGUCAGCGUCAUAUAUGUUUGAUGUUCUUAUGACCACGCAAAAGAACUGUCCAUUGAACAGAAUAAACUGAACGUAUUUUUUCAUGUCUCUCAAUCAGAUGGCAGUGCUCCGGCAGCUACUGGCCAGUUCAUUAGGUACGGCUGUUGACAUGAUCUUAAAAGUAUAUCUCUAAAUGGCCCCAGUCACUUGGCCAAAACUCUGUGCAUUUAAUCAUAUAGAUGUGGUGAAGAUCCCAAGGUCAAACCAAACAUCAGAAUGUGGAAGAAACUUGAUUGAAGACGUUGUCCAUCUGGCACCAACUAUAAUGCUGAUUGAGAAGGCUCUUUAUACACAACCAUCUCCAAGGUCUACAAAGAACAGUCUGAAGUAAAAGAAACAUCCAGUGAGCUGCAGUUCUCUGGGUGAGAUGACCAGCCAGACUGAAAGAUCUGUAGAAGGUCAACACAUCCAACCUUGAAGAUCACAGCGGAUGUUGCUUCCCGGCAGCUAAGAACAGGAAGCUGAGGCUACAGUUUGGAAGGACGAGCCAAACUGGAUAAUGGAAGACUGGAAAAACACUGUCUGGUCUGAUGAGUCUGGAUUUCUGCUGCCCCAUCAGAUGCUCAGAAUUUGAAAGUGUGGGUCCAGCCUGCCUGUGAUGGUGUUGUAACUGCGAUGUUAUCAAUGUCUGUAUAUUCCAGUAGCUUGUAAAAACCUGCGCCACCAGGCGAAAGGUCGUCCAACCUGCUAUGGACGGUGUGCCUAAUGAAGAAACCGAUGAGUAUGUUUCUCUGAAAGGAGCGUGGUGGCGUUUUCCAAGCUGUACUGUUUGCUGUGUGAAAAGGCCGAACAAUGCACAUAUAAAGGUGCUGAUGUGAAGCAGAGGGAAACUGUCAACUUGGUCAUACAUAUAUGAAAACGUUCUGUCGUCGUAUUGGAAGGAUCAUAGCAGCUUUGCACAGGACAGCAACUUUCAAAAGUUUCCAAUCCACCUAACCUGCAGGUCUUUGGAUGUGGGAUGAAGUUGGAGCACCCAGAAGAACCCACACAAACACUGGGAGAUGCAUGCAAACUCCUCACAGAAUGGCCACAGGUGGGAAUCAAGCCCAUGACAUUCUUGCUGUGAGGCAACAGUGCUAACCACUAAGCCAGCAUGCUGCAGACUUACCAAACUAGUAAAAAAAAAAAAAAGUUAUACUGCAAAAAAUAUGGCAUUUCUGGUCUACAUCCUCUAAUUUAGGGUGGUCACUGUAUGACAGGAGAGUAGUAUUAUGGAACAUACUCGUGUAUGUUCCAUAAUACUACUCUUUGAUGUGGUCCAGUGACGGGCUAAGGUGAGGUGGAGAGAAGUGGCAGUAUCCAGCUGUCAGUCAAUGCUCCACACACGCCCAUGCUUGUCUCGUCCUGCCCACUUUUCUGGAUUCCAGUGAAAUCACACCUGACCUGAAGCAGCAUCACACCAACAUAUUUCACAAUGAAAUACACAAAAAGCGCGUUUGCUGCCGAGACGCCGUUUCCUUCUGCUUCCACACUGGGUUAUUCUAAGCUUAAGGUGGACCGAACUCCCACCUGUUCCUGGUCAGUCUUCAGUGAGCCCCCCCCCGCACUCUCACUAAGUGGUCUGUGGCUCAUUGUGUCACUUCCUGUGUGGUACUUGUUCCGUUUUGUCCACUCUGUGUUGGGAUCUGUGGACCACGGCGUGCACAGAGGGUUUGGACUGACACAGCGUCAACUCUCAUCAUGGACACUUGUUCUAAUGUCUCCUCGAAGCAGCCAGUCAGUACUGUGAUGCAGCACAAUCACAGCCGCUCAACCAAACUCAGCAAUAACACUUCAACAAAUGGUUUAAUAAAUACAUUUUUUUAAAUAGUUUCCCAAAUGAUUUUUUUAUUACACGUGUUCAUUUUACUUUUUUUUUGUAAAACUUUUUUAUACAUGCCGUUUUCCAGGUAUGAUGGGUUAAACAAUGGUGUGAAUUAGUUUGUGUCGAACUGAAACAAGUAGAUUUUUUUUUUAAACAUUUUCUCCAGUUAAAAGCCUGUUUUUUUUUUUUGUUGUUUUUUUUUUGGUUUUUUCUCUGACCUCUGUGCUGUUGAGUCUGUGAAGGAGGGAUCAGGUGAUGGGCUGUCAACAAACUCUUCUGAAAUCCCUCCAGUGAGCUCAAAUGGCAUUUAAAAAAAUGCUGCCGAUUUGUGGCGCCUGGCAUCGAUUUGACUCUUCCUAUUUUCUAGUUCCGCUUCCACCCUUAACACCAUUGGGCACCUAACUGCAGCAAUGAGGAAAAACUGUAUUACCACAAAUGUCUGUAUAUUCCUGCUGCGUGGCCGCCUGAAGAGCAGCAUUUGGACAGGCGGGGCAUUGGCUUCAGUCCCUUCCUGCCUGAAGUAGUGUGGCCCAUUGCUACACGGAGAAGUAUUUGCCCGUAUAAGGUUAAACAUUUCUACCUCUGUAAGACAGAUGGGGAUCUCAGAAGAGGUUAGUUGCCCUGAUGUGUCCUUUUGUGUGAGGUUGUGUGUUAGCGAGAGUUAAUCCUGCAUUCACACAGCUGACUGCAAGAAGCAGCAUGAAAACUGCCAGAACUGAUUCAGACUUAUGGCUCUGUGUGAGGAACCACAAGUCGUCUUAUGUGGUCUAAACUUGGGUGAACUGGAGGCAGCACACUGCCAUUUAUAACACAACAAUUGGUGCACUUUGCUGCUUCAAAGUUGAGAGAUAAACCAGCAGAAUCAGAACAAAUUAUCUGCAUUUUGGAUUUGCACUGUAACCAGGUUCAGAGCACAGAUACGUCUUCAGACAAAAGUCCAAUCUGGCUUGCUUCCCUGGUCUGGCAGCUCCCCGUCUCUUUGCAGACCCAACCUGCUCGUAUGUUCUUUGUGAUGCUCCAGUUGCUGAUGCUGCCUGUCCACACCCUGAAAGUGAAUUGAAUAGUUUUUACUUGUGCCCCAGCUAUACAUGUUCUGUUGUAAGCCAAACUAAAUUAAGACUUUUUGUUUGUUUUUUACUGUAAAACUGAACUAGUAAUGGACUUGGACUCUUGUUUAAAAUUUCAAAGUUUUACAGUUUGUUUUUUCACUAUUUGCAAAAUUUGGUGGUCAGAUCUUUGUUUUUGUCAAAUAUUAAAUGAUUUUUUGAUAUGGUUUAAACCCUUUUCA